AGCGAAGUAAAGCAGGAAGCGGAAAAGGAAGUAUGGCUCCAUGGAAGUUAUAUUUCAACUUGUAGUUCGAUUUUUAAGACAUUUCGUCCCGGGAAACCAAGACACGGGGACGUGCUGGGAUUUGUAGUUUCCUUCAGCAGCAAUAACCUCUUGAUAUAUCAAAGGCGAGGCUACACCUUGGAAAACAUCAUUCCCGUGAUGCUUUUCGGAGGCAGCCUGCUCUCCCUGGCUACGGCGGUAUCCGAGAGCCGGGGACCCAACCGAGUCGUUCCGCCGGGAAAAGGGCGGAUUCGCUAUUGAACAUGGACCGCCACCCCGCAUGAUCGGAGACUUGGCCGGUUCACUCGUUCUCGUUUCUCGUGGUCUGGCCUGCUUUUUCGAGGAUGAACAAGGUGAAGGUUGAUGAAGAAGAAUAUUGGAACAGUUCCAAAUGUAAGGCCUUUACUUUUGACGAUGAAGACGAUGAACUACUUCAGUUGAAAGAAUCCAGGAGAACAGUCAAAAACCUUCCAGAUAUUAUAGAUGAUGAUGAUGAUGACGACCUUGAGAAGUUCAGCUGGAGUGGGGAACGUGUGGGCAGCAUUUCAUGGUCAAUCAAAGAGACUGCCUCCAGCAGCAGUAGCAGCAGUACCUCUGAAGGGAGGGAUCUGAGUCAGCCAAAGGGCUCUUCCUAUGCAGCUAUACCCAAGCAAUCCUCUUCCUACUCACUGAGCAGCUUUUUUAAAGGAAGAAAUAAGCAUGGGAGUUUUCAGUCACUUUCAGAUGCUCUUACAGACACAGGAUUUAAAAAUUAUGCCCCAGAAUUACGCAGACCAAAAGGAGAUUAUAAGGAUUACAAUUCUGAUUGGAGCCCUAACGAUACAGUAAAACGGCUACAGAGAGGCAAGGUGUGUUCCUUGGAAAGGUUCCAUUCCUUGCAGGACAAAUUACUGCUACUGGAUGAAGCUGUUGCAUUGCAUGAUGGGAAUGUUAUUACAGCUAUACUCAUUUUUCUGAAAAGAACCUUAAGGAAAGAGAUCCUGUUCAGAGAGCUGGAGAUGCGGCAAGUUGCUUUGCGCCAUUUAAUACAUUUUCUCAAGGAGACUGGAGACCAAAAACUUCUCCUAGACCUGUUGAGAUUCCUGGGCAGGACUGAGGAAGUUGCACUGACCCAAUACCAUGAACAUUUGACUAUCUCCGAUGCUGAGAAAACAAAGGAGUUUCUGAAAACUUGCAUUGGGUUGCCCUUUUCAUCAGAGGAUGCUGCUCAUGUUCAGGAUCAUUAUACACUCUUGGAGAGACAGAUCAUCAUUGAGGCAAAUGACAAACAUUUAGAGUCAUCUGGGCAGACGGAAAUCUUUCGAAAAUACCCUAGAAAAGCUUCCAUUCUAAACAUGCCAUUAGUCACCACACUUUUCUACUCUUGCUUCUACCAUUACACAGAAACUGAGGGAACAUUCAGUAGUCCAGCAAACUUGAAGAAAACUUUCAAGAUUCCAGAUAAACAAUAUGUGCUAACAGCUCUGGCUGCUCGUGCCAAACUCCGAGCUUGGCAUGAUGUGGAUGCUUUGUUCACAACAAAGAAUUGGUUAGGCUAUACCAAAAAAAGAGCUCCUAUUGGUUUCCAUCGAGUGGUGGAGAUAUUGCAGCGGAACAACGCCCCGGUACAGGUCCUGCAGGAGUACGUGCGUUUAAUAGAAAAUGUUGAGACUAAGCUGAAUCUUGCUACGAAAUACAAGUGCCAUGAUGUUGUUAUAGAUACAUACAGAGACUUGAAGGACCGUCAGCAACUGAUGGCAUACAGAUGCAAAGUUGAACGGGGUUCUCCAGCAGAGGAGAAGAUCGACAGUAUCCUCAGUAACCCAGUAAGAAAGAACACCUUAAGUUACAUGUACUUGCUAAGGCCCAGGGAAAAAGAGAAUAACCCCCCCCCCCUGCUUCUAGAGAGCAACAUGCCCACAGAAGAUCCGGUGGAAGAACUGAGAGACACUACAUUAUUUUGGAAGCACUUCAUUUUGACCCAAUGAGGUCAAAGAGAAAGAUUGCCAAGCCAGUUCUGCACUGAUUUCAAUCCACUGUCAGCUUGCCUGUUGCUUCAAGAUGCUGCCUCUGUGAAGCCUUCGCUAAAAGAGACCUCUUAGGCACUGAAUUGGCCAAAAGAGACAUUUAGCCAAGGAAGCACACAUCUGACAAAUUGAACUCCACAGUAUAAACAUAUGAGGAAUACAACAUUAUAUAGACAAGGGAAGCAUAUUUGAGUCAAGAAUUCCACUUCCUGAUCAUUGUUUAGUCAUCUGAAAUGAUCAAGACAACUUUCCAUAGGAAAUAAAAAUCUGUAUAAUAAAUAUGCUUUCCCUCAUUUGAAUCUAAGGGGCGAGACUGUUGUUCUUACGGAUGUGAAAACUGUCCUGCACAUUAUUCUAGCCUCCAUUACCAAUUAACUAGGAUAAUUAUUUGGGAAAUGUUGCAUAAGAUUCUUAAGAAUAAAUCUACAUACAUCAAAUGUUGGAGUAUAUAAAUGCAUGGCCCUUCAGCCAAUGAAAACGUGAGUUCAGUUCUACAUGGAAACUACCUGUCUUGAAGGGUGUACUGAACUAAUCAAAUUAUAUUUUCUCUCAAAUUCCAAAGAAAAUAAUUGGAAUUGCUGGUUAUGCUUCAGGUUUGUUAGCAAAUCUACAUCCUCCUCCUAGGCUUCAUGUUGUCUUUCCAUGUUGUAAAUAAAGCUUUACCUCCCUUA